GAUCAUUUUACUUAAAAAAAAAUAGCGUCUUUUUAUUUCCAAAUUCUCUCUCCUUUCGAAACCCUAAUAUUUUCCCCUAAAAUUAGUAUCCUCAAAACUCCCUUUUCACACACGCCGUUUUCAUCGGUUUACCUUGGAACCCAUACGAUCCCUUCCCCUUUCCCUUUCCCUUUCCCUUUCCCUUUCCCUUUAGUUUUGAAAAAACCCAUACGAUACCUUGGAACCAAAUGCAGCAAUUAAUCACAGGGGAUAACUUGUUUAGCAUAGUAAAAAAUAUGGUAAUCGAAGUUUUGGAUCCUUAUUUAGGAAGGCUACAGAACCAAAAGCUCACAAAUCCUGUUAGUAUUCAUGGAGAUCCUGAAUCUAGCAGAGGAGCUGAGAUUUGCAACAACAUACAAGUAAUGAGGUUUUAAGGGCUCUAUUGUCUCCUCAAUCUAAGGUGUCAGGAGGAAGGUAUUUUCGUCCUGGUAUGGUGGCUUUACCACAGGAUUCCCUGAAUGUGCCCCAGAAUGCAAAGCCUACAACCAAUGGUAAUCAUUCUAAAGGGCAUGCAGGUAAAGUUCGAAGUGCAGAAAAUGGAAGAGUGGGUUUCAUCUAUCAGGAGCAAAUAGAACCAUGUCAUCUAAGUUCAUCGAUCUACUAUGGUGGCCAAGACAUAUACAUUCGGUCCUGUAGUGACCAGGACUCUGGAUUGAACGAUGAUAGUGAAGGAGAUCAAUCGGGGACCUGUCUAUUAUUGAGAGUUCACUUGCCAAUCUACGUGCAUAUCAAGCUUUGCAUAUUCUCAUAGAAAUUUGUUUGGAAGAAACCAAAAGCUUAAUAUUUCCUUAGAAAGGGGCCAAAUCGACUCUAUAUUCCACAUUAACUAUACAGACCCAUGGACUGAA